AUGCUUCUGAAAAAUUGGAAAGAAUUCAAAAGUGCCUUUUUCCACAUCGUCAUUGCCGACUAUCUAUUUAUCUGGCAAUUCCUGUUCCCCAUCUCCCUAGCUACCGUAAUCCUAUGCGCCGUGUACUUCACUCGGACUAUUCUGGAAACUAAUCCGUAUUAUGUGUAUAAUGAAGCACUAGAUAUGUAUAGUAUUACGGCGGACUCUAAUAUCCUCCCAGCCUAUUCCAAUGUUAUCAACUUCAUGGCUAUCGCUGUCGUCUCCUCAAUUCUUCUCAAUACAGUAUCCGUGAUUAAACUCAAGCUUAUGACUCAAAAUUUAUCGACAAUUGAAAGAAACUUGCUGUUCUCUACUAUAGCGUCAUCAGUGAUACAGUGUGCUGCAGCGGGGAAUACGGCAUGUCUCGGAUAUUUUUGA